GUGUUGCAUAGGCGUAGCGAAUCGAGCGAAGCUAGCCAAUCUAGCCGGAAGCUAGCAGAGCGCACCCCUACAAGCUAGCGAACCUAGACCCCUAGCGUAGCGAAGCUAGCGGCCUUUGGAGGUCCUACGCUUGCUAUUCCAAAUGGCCGACAUUGUUGUCGGUUUCAAGUUUGCAGAGGAGAGUUUCUUUGAUGCUCCCGUUAAAAAGGAGUAUUGGGACCGGAAACAAAGUGAAACGAAUGUGGGAAAUCAAUGGACCAAGGGGGCAGUACUUCUCCUCAUGGACACUUAUGCCAAGCAUAAAGAACAAUUUGCAAUUCCAACUUAAAAAAAUGGAGCAAUAUGAAAUAUGGUACAAAGCUAUAGUAGAUUUCACCAAGAAAAUGGGUCCGGGAAGAUCACGAUGGAAUUCCAGAAUGGCUGAAAUCUUGGAAGGAGACCCUUCAUUCAUCCCACCAGUGACAUCAUCAUCACUGGGGGGUUGUAAAAGUAAACACUCUGUCCGAGAUCUCCAAUAACCAGCAAUGUGCCACUCCUACAAAGGAGCAAGAACAGCAAGGAAUGUCUCAGGAGACUCCUCACCUCUCCCAGUAUCGGUUAUUAGUACAACCCUACUGAAUAAAGGAUAUUGUCACUGUCUUGAUUUUAGUACUAAAUAAAAAAACUUACACGCCCUUA